AUGAAAAAAACAAUUAAUACAAUUACGAAAAAUUAUAUUGAGGAAUGCUCAAGUUCUCAAAACAAAGAUGUAGAUAAAGACACAUUCGUUUCCAAUAUUAUAAAUAGAGGAAAAAGAGAAGCAGAAAUGCAAAAUUUUGAUGAAAUAAAAGAGCAUCAAAAUAAUAUUAAUUACAUCAAUAAAUAUUUAACAAAAAUUUUUAAUUUCGAAAAAGAUUGCCAAUCAUCAUUAUCAAAAGAGGAUACCACAAAAGGUAGUAGUGGAAGUGAUGAUUUUAGUGAAACACUUUCAAAAAUGUUUACAAAAAAUAAUUCAAAUAUUGAAUGGGAGCUAGACAAUACAUAUGAAUUUGAAACAAUGGAUGAUAACAAUUAUUUGAAAUUAGAGUCUUCUCUAAGUAAGACAAAUCCAGAAACAUUAAAUGCUAAAAACAAAGAAAAUAUUAUUAACAAUAUAAGCAAUUUAAAAUUAAAAAAGGCAUACACAAAUGGUGUUGACGGAAACGAUAAUAUAUUCUCAAGUAAAUUGAAUUUGAAUAAUUUUAAUUCAUUCAAUGAAUGUGAUAAUUUAGACAAAUGCUUUCCCGGCAAUGCUGACGUUUUUAAAUUUAAAAAAGAUAAUAUACCAAAUAAUGAAAUAAAUGCAAAAUAUCAAAGUUUAAAAGAACCUUCAUAUCAACACAUAAAAAACAAUAAUUAUGUUAACAAGGUCGAUGACAAUUUGCUAACAAGAAUUUUGCAUUCUUUAAAUGAAAAGAAUGAUGAACAAAAUAAUGAUUUAGAAGUAAGAAAUUUCUCUAAAAAAAAUGAUAAUUGUGAUCAUAGCAAUUUUAAUCCAAACAACUUCAGUAUGAGUGAUAUUAAUUCCUAUGAAAAACAUAUGUCAAAUGGGAACGGUUUAAAUAACAAAAAUUAUAAUUCACAAGAUAUGGUUGUAAACACUCUUAAUCAUUUAAUAGAAAAUUAUGUAGGACAUGAAAAUAAAAAUUUGGAUCAAAUCUUUAAUGGAAAAGAUAAGAAGAAUGAUGUAAUAAAUAAUAAUUUACAAUCACCACAAAUGAUAGCAAACAUGUAUGAGGAUAAAAAAUUGUUGUCUGAAUUAAAUGAAUUGUUGUCUUCAAACAAUGCGAAUUCUCAAACAAUUAACAAUAAUAUACAUAAAUAUCAAAUUUUAUUAGAAUAUAUUAACAACAAAAUUGAAAAAGAAGCAACUCAUAAUAUUAAUAACAAUUUUACAAAAAUAAACGAAUUUGAUAGGGAGCUUAUGGAAAGACAAAAUAAUGCAAGUUCCAAUGAAAAUUAUAGCCCUAGACCUAAUCUUGCUUAUAAUCCUCAAAAUAGUACAAACAGGAUUGAUAAUGAAAUAUUUCUCGGUCGUAAUGAUAAUAAUAAUAUUUCAAUGAUUGAUGUAUUAAAAAGUAAGAUAAAAUUUAUAUUGGAAAAUGAAAAUAAUGAUUAUUUAUUAACUAAGUAUAUUAUAGAUACCAUAGAUGAGUAUAACAAGAACAAAUAUAAUAAGGGCGUGAAUGUAAUAAAUGCAGAAAUAGGUAAUAAUAAUAAAAAAUCGGAUGAAAGAUCAUUUAAAGAAAAUGGCAAUAUAAUAAAUUACAAUCAUGAUAAUGUAAAUUUUAGUAGAGUUAAAGAUGACAAAGAAUAUCCAUUUGUAAUAAAUAUAAACAAUGAGAAUUUAUAUAAUACUAAUAGGAUGAUGGAUAAGCAAAAUGGAUCAUAUAAUGAAGGAGUAGGCAAUAAUUCAGAAGGCAUUAAAUUUAAUAUUUCUCAUAAUGAAAAUACUUUGAACAUGUGUAAUGAAACAGAUAGUGUCAAUACUGAUAAUUUUAAGUUAUUCCUGAAAAACAGGUUAGAAAUAAAUGAAGCAAUACAUGGAAAUAAUUACAACAUGGAUAGCAACAAUAGAGAUCUAAAUAGCUGGGAAUUUAACUAUGAUGAACUUAAUCGUAUUGCUAGCACAAAAAGGGACGAAUCUGCACUAGAACCUAAUUUAUUAUCAGUAAGGAAUGAAAACAAAACGGUAAAUAGUAAUAUAACAAGCAGCUAUAUGGAUAAUAAUAGUAUGAUUAACUCCAACAUGGGGAGCAAUUACAAUUAUAAUAAUGCAAUGAUGGAUAGUUCAUUUUUUAAUAUGCAAAAUGAGAAGGUUGGUGAACAAAAUAAUGAAAACAUAAAGGGGCUAAUGAAUGAAUCCCUUGAAACAUAUAAAUCAAUUUUUCAGCAUCCUGUGCAUUUAUUAAACAAAAAUAAUAUAGUGGUUGACUUGGAUAAUUAUGAAAAAAACUCACGAACUGAUGGGUUUCAAAAUAAUUCUGUUAUUUCAAACUCGAACAAUGUAGAAAAUGGGAGCAUAAUAAAUGAUGUCGACACGUUUGGGCGCGUUAAAAGGGAAUCGGAAUAUAAAAAGAUUCAGACCGAUUAUUAUGCAGCAAUAAACUCGUCUAAAAAUGAACAAAAAGGCAACGUAUUUAAUGAUGAAUAUAGUUUUUUCUUAAAAAGCAAAAGUGCUGGGACAAAUAAUAGACCGAAUUAUGAUAAAUAUAGUUAUGAGACGAGAGGAGAAAGCUAUUUUCAAAAUGAUGGUUCUUAUUGGGAAGAUAUUAAUUUGAAUAUUAGACGAGAAAAAUAUGAAGAUAAUGAACAAUGGAAUACAGUGAAAAAGGAAAGCAAUAAAUUUUUGGAUAAAGAAGGGAAAAAAAAACUAUCAUUUUUUUUAAAAAAAAAUAAUUGUUCAAAUAGUGGAAAUGAAACAAAUCCGGUGUGGAAUAGAAAUAGAAAUUCAGUAAAUUUAUCAAGGACAUCUCCAAGAUUGUCAUUCCAUAAUAAAUUUGAUGAACUAAGGAAAGGACAUACCGAAAAUUUUGGCAGUCCUGCAAGCCAAAAAUUAAGGGGAAGAUCAUUUCUAAAUAAUGCAAAAGUUUCUAAAAAAAAAAAAUCCACAGAAAUAACUGAUAAGCUAACAAUGGAAGAAUUAAAAUCGAUGUUAACUGAAAAAGAUGAAUCAAAUUUAGAGAGCUUAUUGCAAUCAUUGUAUGAUGAUAGAAUAUUACCUUUAUUAAUUAAUGUAAAGGGGAGAGCAGAUGAAUUUCAUUUUACAGAUAUAUUAAAAAAUAAUAUAAAAGAAGCUUAUAGUUUAUUUCCAGAUAAAUAUAUAAUAAAAAAGAAUACAGAUGGUGGGGAAGAUUAUGUAAUAUAUUUUUUAAAAAAAAAAGUAAAGGAUGAUUAUUUUUUUUCUACGAAUAAUUUAAAAGACAUAUAUAAACCCCAAUUAUGGAAAAGUUUUGAAAAAUAUUUAAAUGAAAUAGCACAAUCAGAUGAUUCAACAUUAUAUACAUUUUCAGGUGGUAGAUAUGGUAUGGCAAAAGAAUUACAACGAAGAAAGUUACCGUUUUUUGACGGAUUAUAUUUAGGAGAAUUAUGUCAUAUUGUUCAUUUAAGUACUAAUAAAAAAAUGAUAGCAUAUGAGAAUAAUUAUUUAAAACCAAUCAAUCAAUGUCAUAAAUAUACCAACGCCAAAUUAGGGAUUGCUAAUACUGAUGACAAAAAUAUGGAAAAUUAUAUUAUGACAAUAAGUGAAUUAAAACUAUAUAUGAACAAAUUAUUAAAGUAUUAUAAAGGUGGAUUUAACAUAUCUACGUUAAAAAAAAAGUUAAAGAAUCGUUUUAAUAAGCAAUUAUGUGAAAGUGUUUUUCAUUGUAUUAAAUUGAUAGAGGUUUUGCAACUGAAGGAAUUGAAAGACACGUGCGUAGUUGACUCUGAGCUCAAAAUAGUGAAAAGUGUCCAUGACGUAUUUCCAUAA